AUGGCUAAGAUUAAGUCAAUCGAAUACUUCCGCGUCAAGCCCCGCUGGCUAUUUGUCAAAGUCAUCGACGACGAGGGGCGCUUCGGUUGGGGAGAGGCCACGUUAGAAGGUCAUUCUCUUGCAGUCGAAGGCGCACUCGAUGAAAUUAUCACCCGCAUUGUGGGAUACGAAGCGGACGACAUUCAGCAUAUUUGGCAGACAGUAUGGCGGCUCGGAUUCUACCGAGGCGGUCCGGUGUUCAUGUCAGCUCUAUCGGGAAUCGAUAUCGCCUUGUGGGAUUUAAAGGGCCGAAAAUUGGGGGUCCCAGUACACCAGCUUUUGGGCGGCAAAGUACGCCAGAAAGUGCAAGUCUAUGCCUGGAUCGGAGGCGACCGGCCAAGUGAUGUUGAGGCUGCUGCGAAGGAACGAAUCGCCCAAGGUCUCAAGUGCAUCAAGAUGAACGCUACCGAAGAUGUCAACUGGCUUGACUCGCCCGCGGUUUUACAGUCGUGCGUGGACCGAUUGAAGCAGGUGAAGGCUUUGGGCCUUGAUGUUGGGCUUGACUUUCAUGGUCGUCUGCACAGGCCCAUGGCUAAACAACUGGCUAGAGCACUGGAGCCAUAUCAACCUCUGUUCAUUGAAGAGCCUCUGCUGUGCGAGCAUCCAGAAGCGAUCAAGCAGCUUUCUGAGCAGACUACAAUUCCGAUCGCAUUUGGUGAACGUUUGUACACUCGAUGGGAUAUUAAGAGGUUCUUGGAGGAUUCCUCAGUGGAUAUUCUACAGCCCGACAUUUCUCAUGCAGGAGGAAUCUCCGAAGUCAUGCGUAUUGCAAACAUGGCCGAAACCUACGAUGUUGCUAUCGCACCUCAUUGUCCCUUGGGUCCGAUCGCCCUGGCCGCCUGUCUCCAGGUGGCCGUGUCAAUACCCAACUUUGUCAUUCAAGAGAUGUCAUUAGGCAUGCACUACAAUACAGAGGCUGGAGAUAUUGACCUGAAUAGCUAUCUGGUGGAUAAGACGGUGUUCGAUAUCGCGGAAGGAUAUGUGGCUGCCCCUUGCAAGCCCGGCCUAGGGAUUGAUAUUGAUGAGGAGCUGGUGCGAAAAAUCAGCCAGGAGACUGAGCCAUGGCAGCCCAAGGAAUUCUAUGGACCAGAUGGCUCGAUUCGGGAGUGGUAA